GUAACCAUAAACCACCACCCAAUAUUAUACCUAUCCGCAUACAACACCCUACCUACACAACAUCCACCCAAACUCCAACCUCACACCCCCAAACCAGCAGAAUGAACCGGCUUACCCAGCUAUCUACCCAGCUCACCUACCCCCAGGGCCUCCUGGCCAACCAAACCGCGCUCAUCACGGGCGCCGCGCAGGGCAUCGGCGCCGAAACCGCCCGGCUGUUCGCGAGGGAGGGGGCGCGCGUGGUCAUUGCCGAUGUGGAUGGUGAAAAGUCCCACGCCCUUGCCCACGAACUCAACACCCAGUACCCCAACCCCAACUUCCCCCAAACCGCCGUCGCCAUCCCCGGCGACCUCACCGACGAAACCUACAUCAACUCGCUCAUCCAGCAGACCGCCGAGUUCGGGAACGGCAAGAUCCACAUCCUCGUCAAUAAUGCCGGGUUCACCUGGGACGGGGUGAUCCAUAAGAUGACAACCCACCAAUUCAACACCAUGCUCGCCAUCCACGCGACAGCGCCCUUCCAGCUCGUGCGCGCCGCGGCCCCGUUCUUCCGGGUCAAAGACGGCGAACCCCGGUGUAUCGUGAAUAUCAGUUCCACGAGUGGGGUGCAUGGGAAUGCAGGUCAAGCAAAUUACAGCACCGCCAAAGCGGCCAUAACGGGACUGACCAAAACGAUCGCCAAAGAAUGGGGGCCGGGGUUCGGGGUGCGCGCCAACACGGUGGCGUUCGGGCAUGUGCGGACCAGACUCACCGCCCCCAAGGAGGACGGGGCGGUCAUGGUCACGGCGGCGGGGGAGAGGGUUGCGUUGGGGAUUCCGGGGGGGCAGUUGCUCGCUAGACGGGGGGGUUCCUCCGAAGAAAAGAAGGAUGGGAAUGGGAAUGGGGUUGGGGAUGGGCACGGGAACGGGAAAGCUUCAGGUAAGGGGGCAGCCAGACAGUAUCCCGAUAUUCCCCUCGGCAGGCCGGCGAGUGCGGAGGAGGCGGCGCGGGUGGUGUUGGCGGUGGCGAGUCCGUUGUUUGCUUAUGUGACCGGGGAGACGGUUAGGGUUACUGGGGGUAGGAAUAUGUAGGCUUGUUUUGGUCUUGGUCUUGUGGGUGGUUUUGGGGCGGGGGGG